ACUCUGUGGGGUUUGUGUUUAGCCUUGAAGCUUGUACUUGUCAUUCAGAUAUCACAGGAAUUUUAACACGACUAGGAACCAGCCAGCGGGGCACAACAAGGACGUUUUGAGUUAGAACCACGUCCCUCACACAGAGGAACCACCGGAACCACUGUUGGUUGCUGAAAUAGGAACAGGUGCCGAGAAAAGCGGCAGCUACAGACAAACAGCGCAGCAGCAUGCAGAUGUGAAAACAAGACAUCAGAUACCCUGAUCUUCAUCUCUGCGGUGGACAGGUGGACGUCUUCUUCAUCCAUUUUCGUCGUUCAUAUAAAUGCUUGUACAUGAGGAGAGGGGAGAAACCCGAAGGACACAAACAGAUGCGACCCAAAACGUUCCCUGCCAGCAACUACAGUGGUAACAGCCAGCAGAUGCUGCAGGAUAUACGGAACAGCCUGCGAAACCUGACCAAGCCCUCAGACCCUCCUAAAGUAGACCCUGCUGGACAAGCAAAAAUGCUCCCUGAAGAGCAAAGGCACCAGGGGCGCACCAGCACCCCAAAACAUUCACAACAUCACAAAGCGCUACAGAAGAUCCGCAAGUCUUUGGUGCCUUUUGAAGUGACUGAUUCACUGAGUAAUGAUUCUACCACUUCUGGCCCUGAUCUCAACAAGCAGAUGUUGCUGGAACAACCAACUGCUGGGUUUGAGGAGGGCAACAGCAGCCGUCGGGUUACUUCAGACUACAAGGGGAAGGUGAAUUACCAGGACUCGAUGAGUCCUAACACCAACUCUACAGGCCUGAAAGCUCCAGGUCCGUCUCACAUGCCGCAGGCUGUGCUGCGGAGACCAAGUUGGAAAGGAUCCAAGGAGUCCCUCGUUCCUCGAAUGGGUCCCCUGGUGGUGGAAGGCAUUUCGUACCGCUCUGACAGCCCUGGACCGCCUCCCGUUUACCCACAAGGCCACUCUGCUAGCAACCAGAGGGUGAACCCUCCGCUGCCCCCUCAGGUGCGGAGUGUCACGCCCCCUCCGAACCGCAACGGCAUGCCUCCCACGUCAUCCUGGGAAAGCAACCCGUCCACCAAGCGGUACUCUGGGAAUCUGGACUACCUCCCUCCGCGGAUGUCUCCGGUCCCCCAGGGCGCCCGGCCAGACAUGUAUCCAAACCCGGCGCCUCAGAAUCAGCGCUCUGCACCCCAUAAAUUCACCUUUCCUCCCACCUGGACUCAAAAUGGCUCCGCUCAGCCGGACUACAUGCAGGGAGGCAACCGUCAGCCUCCGCCGCCUUACCCCGUAAACAGCCGACAGGGUUCCAACGAGCCCCAGCCUGCUUCGUCUCCUUCGUACCUAAACGGAGGAAACAUCCCUCAGUCCAUGCUGGUUCCCAACCGGAACAGUCACAACCUCGACAUAUACAACCUGGCUCCUCCUCACACGUGGUUGCAGCCUCCUCUGGCAUCCAGUCAGCCGCACUCUGCGUCCGUCACCAACAUCAACCAGGACUUGUCGCCGUCGUGGCAGCACAACAUCCCGGUUCGCUCCAACUCCUUUAACAAUCGACCCACUCAUUCGUCCAGCUCCCAGCCGUCGGCGACCACCGUCACCGCCAUCACGCAGACGCCCAUCCUGCAGCCGGUGAAAAGCAUGCGCGUGCCGAAACCCAAGAUGCACACCGCCGUCGCUCCAACGCAUCCACAGCGGAUACAGCAGGUUGCACCGUCGCCUCCUGCGCCUGCAUAUCCCGACCCACCACCUGCGGUUUCUCAAGCGCCUAUCGGCGGGGAACCCCCCAACUAUCAGGGUCCGCCGCCACCGUAUCCCAAACACCUCUUCCCUUCGCCCGCCCCUCCACCGUACAGUGCAGGCAGAGACGAGGCCACCGACGAGAGCAGCAGUGAUAAGGCUUCGGAAAGCGGCGAAAGCUCGGCCGGAGCCGAAAAGAAGAUCACUACGUCGCCCGUCCCGGUCCGCCGCAACAGAGACGAGGAGCGGAGAGGGGAGUCGGGAAGAAUCAGCCUGUACUCUCCUCAAGCCUUCAAGUUCUUCAUGGAGCAGCAUGUAGAGAACAUCCUGAAGAACCACCAGAUGAGGAUCCGCAGGAGGAAGCAGCUGGAAAGCGAGAUGCAAAGGGUGGGUUUGAGCUCAGAAGCCCAGAAGCAGAUGCGAAAGAUGCUCUCUCAGAAGGAGUCCAACUACAUCCGCCUAAAGCGAGCCAAAAUGGACAAGUCCAUGUUCAAACGGAUCAAGACGCUCGGCAUCGGCGCCUUCGGAGAAGUGUCCCUGGCGAGGAAGGAGGACACGGGGGCGCUGUACGCCAUGAAGACUCUCCGCAAGAAGGAUGUGCUGCUGAGGAACCAGGUGGCUCACGUAAAGGCCGAGCGGGACAUCCUGGCCGAAGCCGACAACGAGUGGGUGGUGCGUCUCUACUACUCCUUCCAAGACAAGGACAACUUGUACUUCGUCAUGGAGUACAUUCCCGGCGGGGACAUGAUGAGCCUCCUCAUCCGGCUGGAAAUCUUCAAGGAGGAGCUGGCUCGGUUUUACAUCGCGGAGCUCACCUGCGCUUUGGAGAGCGUCCAUAAGAUGGGCUUCAUCCACAGAGACAUCAAGCCUGACAACAUUCUCAUAGACGGAGACGGACACAUAAAGCUGACGGACUUUGGGCUCUGCACCGGUUUCCGCUGGACACACGACUCCAAGUAUUACCAGAGCGGGGAUCAUGUGAGGCAGGACAGCAUGGACUUCAGUAAGGAUUGGGAAGAUCCAGCCAACUGUCGCUGCUCCAACCGAAUGAAGCCCCUGGAGAGGAGAAAGGCCCGGCAGCACCAGCGCUGCUUGGCCCACUCGCUGGUGGGAACGCCAAACUACAUUGCUCCAGAAGUUCUUCUUCGAACAGGAUACACCCAGCUGUGUGACUGGUGGAGUGUUGGUGUCAUCCUGUAUGAAAUGGUUGUGGGUCAGCCUCCGUUCCUGGCCAACACGCCGCUGGAGACACAAAUGAAGGUGAUAAACUGGAAGAGCACACUGCACAUCCCCCCUGAACGCAAGCUCAGCCCGGAGGCGUCGGACCUCAUCGUCAAGCUGUGCCGCGGCCCAGAGGACCGCCUGGGCAAGAACGGCGCCGACGAAAUCAAAGCUCACCCUUUCUUCAAGAGCGUCAACUUCUCCAGCGACCUCAGGCAGCAGGCGGCGCCGUACAUACCCACCAUCGCUCACCCGACGGACACGUCCAACUUCGACGAGGUGGAGCCAGAAAAGCUGCGCAAGAGCGACGACGAGAGCAACCACAACGACACGCUGAACGGUUGGUUCCGCAACGGGAAGCACCCCGAACACGCCUUUUACGAGUUCACCUUCCGCCGCUUCUUCGACGACAACGGCCACCCCUACAGCUGCCCCAAGCCCAUCGAGUCCGAGGGCAGCGAAGAGGACGAGGCGGAGCUGGACGACGCCGAGCACGACAGACAUGGCUGAGACCUGGUGUAUAUGUAGUCACUGGUCGCAUGCUACGGAGACACAGCAAAAUUCUUUUCUUUUGCAUUCCCUCACGUUAAAUUUGCAAAUACACCUUGUUUUUUCUCAUAAGGUGUAUUUGACAGGCCGUGUUUCCAUUACAAAUCUGUGCAAAAAAACACAAUUUUGCAAUUACAGCCUUUCCAUUUAAUAAGAAAUGGAAUUAAAAUCACCAAAAAACACGCCGAGACAUCAUGUGCAAUUACCACUGCACAUAAAAACGGCUCAUUAAGACACAACUAAACCCACCAGAUCACCAUGUAAAAAUAACUCCUGGUCCAAAUAGUUUGGAUAUAUUUUUUCUUUCCUCCUUACAGAAACUUUCUGUCAUGUUUGCUUGAGUGCGGCUGGAAAACCCAAGUUUGACCAGUUUUACUCUCUUUUGUGGCGCAUUUAUCCAAACGAAGAAGACGUAAAACUCUAGAUAACUCACAAAUGAGAUAUUAACAUAGAAUUCCUACAUGGAAAAAAAACGUUGGAGAAAGGCGUUCAGUAUUCAUGAUGCCACAUAAACUGACUGCAUAUAUUACAAGGGAAUGCAAAAGAAAAUAUUUUCCCCAUGUCCUCCAGGGGGCGCAGUGCUAUACAGACUCUUAGUAGUAGUAGUGUGUGUGAAAGGGGGGAUAUGCCAGAUAAAGCAUUUUAAACCUUGAACAUAGGAAGAAUAUUUUUGCCGGAUCGUAGCAGAAUAUGAUCGUAAAACCACAUUUAAACGUUAAAACGGAACUGACCUGGAGUCAGUUUAUUGAAAACUGCUGACCUUAUUCCCUGAGGGUAUCACUGAGAUCAAAUAAACAAAACUUGACUAUUAUUUUUACAGUUUUCUCCACAAGAGCACUAAUAUCAGUAAAUUGAAGUUACUGUGUGCAGCUUAUUGACCUAAAUCCUGAUUACUAGGAUCACAAAACCUUAGAAAGACUCACCAAGAAAGACUUUAAGAUUUAUGACUCGGACCAAGAUGUGCUUCAUAAUAGUGAGAGAGCAAGACUCUCAGCAGAUAACGGGAAGGCUAAACAGAGUAUUGCUCCAUUUUAUUUUUUCUAAGUGUUUAACUUGCAGUUAGGACAUUUAUCACAAUAAUUUGUGGUAUUUAUUCACAUAAAGCACUGCAAAACAGAGCACUAUAAUUGUAUUUAAUCUUAUUUCCUUAUUUUUAUUGAUGCUCUUAUGAAACCAUGACAGGAAGAAAUGGUAAACGUGACAAAUCCAACCAUACCAAGUUCUUAACAUUUGUAAGAAUCAGUCAGUUUAUCGUCAUAAUGAUUUGUUAAAACUAUGUUUACAGAUUAACGAUAGAAUAAUUUCCCUGACCUCUGGCACAAAACGAUACAGAUCUGUUUUAUUAAGGGAAAACAUGUUUUAGUCAUUUCUAAUAGAAAUGGUUAAACAGUUUAUUAUAUAUUAAAACAGUAAAAUCGCCUCAGUUCCUAGUAAAGCAACAAUAUUUCCUCCAAUAACCCUAAAAUCAAUAUCAGAGAAUGAGAAAUUUGUGACUUUAGCAAAUUAUUUUGGAGUUUAAAAGUGAUUAUUUAUUUUUCUUAUGGCAGUGAGGAGUAAUUGAUGUCAUUCCUAAAGAUUUAAACUCAGAUUUUUAGGUCCCCAGUCUUGUUGCUUAAUCCAGAUUUUUAAUUUGUCACAAUUUUGCUAAAGAAAAAAGCAUUCUAUGCCUGUUUGUGUGCACAUAAACAGUAAAUUACUGUUACAGAAUCAGAUCUGCCUGCAUGCAAAACUAACGGCAUUAAUUAGUAAUUCCAUUUUUAAUGUAAAUAUUUUGAAGUUUCGACCAGGGUGACAACUUAUCACAGCCCCCCAGUAAAGCCUUAAUUUAUUGACGCUAGUGUAGAUGCUGCUCAAGUCUAUUUUUUUAAAGUCUUCAUUUAUAUUGUAGUUUAUUGCGAAGGGGAUUGUAGAAUUCACAGGGAAAAUCGCUCUAAUUAGUAUUCAUUGCUGUGCCUUUUUGAGUUACUUUUCACCACAUAUUAAGACUGGCAUUUUAAAAUGAGUAGCUGUAGCUGAUUGUACUACAGUAGGUUUGUUUUAUUUUUCUAAUUUAUCUAAAAUGUAUUUAUAAAUUAAGUUGUACACCAUGGAUGUAAAUAUUUUCUCUUCCCUUUAAGCUGAUUUUUUUCCCUCCCCUCUUUUUGGGCAGGCCCUCUUCUGUUGAUAUGUAUUUUAUUUCUGGCACUAAUUUACAGAACACUGUUUUAAAGUUUAUUUUAGGUUUCAUGCUCACAUCUCAACCAAAGCACUAAAUAAGGGUUUAUUUUUUCUUCUUUUUACCAACUUAACAGUAAUGACUUUUUUAUUUUAUUAUUAUACUUGAGCACUUAAUUACUGCAAUCUUUGGUCUAAAGUUUUACUUUAGUUUAAAAAAAAACACUAAAGUUACCUUAUAUUUAGUUUUUCUACCCCGCUGUAUUUUUUUCUGUGUAGGAAAGAAUAUUUGAAUCCUUAAUGAUUUAAUAAUGACCACCGUCAUUCUGCACUGGUUUUAAUUGAGAGAAUUUUAUUUUUGUGUACAUUUUUGCUCAGAGAGGUUUGGGAAGAGGGUAAUAA